AUGGCUCACUUUGCAAAUCCCGUCGUCGUCGACGACAAGACUUUUGCAUACGAUGAGCGUGAUGCAUAUGCCAUGGGCAACUUUCACGCGGGUCUUGCAACAGAGGCCACCAUGGACGACUAUGCGGAUGAAGAGGAUUCGCCAUACGAGGAGGUGCGCGCUUCCGUAUCCAACACGGACGACCCAGAUAUGCCAGUAAAUACUCUGAGGAUGUGGACUAUUGGCCUCCUGCUCACAGUAUUGGGCGCCGGCAUGAAUACUUUUUUCAUCUUCAGGAAUCCGUUCAGGCUGAUAGUUAGCUAUGCAAUCUUGUUGAUAGCGUUUCCGAUUGGAAGGCUGGCGGCCUAUUCGCUUCCUAUCCGCCGAUGGAAGCUUCCAAAGUGGCUUGGGGGGCUCUAUUUCUCACUGAAUCCGGGGCCCUUCAACAUCAAGGAGCAUGUCUGCAUCUACAUGAUGGCCAAUGCGGCUAUCUAUCCUACUUAUGCCAUGAACACCAUCGUUACCAUCGAACACUACUAUAACAUUCACUGGGGUACCGGCUUCAAUCUUUGUCUCGCACUUUCCACACAAAUCACCGGCUUUGGCUACGCGGGCAUAUUUCGACGGCUCUUGAUUUGGCCUGCCUCGCUCAUUUGGCCGGCAACGCUGGUCACAUCGACUCUGCUCAAUACUCUGCACGCAGAGGAAGACUUUCGCUCACCGAGUUCAGGUAUCAGUCGAUACAAAUGGUUCCUGUGGGUCGGUGGUGCAGCGUUUGUUUGGCACUGGCUCCCUGGCUAUCUCUUCCAGGGGCUUUCUUACUUUUCGUUCAUUUGCUGGUUCGCACCAAACAACCUGAUUGUCAACCAGCUUUUUGAUAUCAUGGGUCGGAUCUCCACUCAUGAUCCCAUGGUGGGCCGAGGUCACAUAUUCCUUGGAUUUGCGCUGUUCUGGUGGGUGGUCCAACCGAUAAUGUACUAUACAAACUCCUUCUGGAUGGCCUAUAUGCCCAUGGGUCAAGCUAGCACAUACGAUCGCUUCGGAAACGUAUACAACGUUUCUAGGGUUCUCACCCCAGAUAUUACACUCAACUUGACCGCCUACGAGGAGUAUUCCCAGCUUUACCUAUCGCCAUCAUACGUGGCUUUCUACCUGGUCACUUUUGCGAUUUCGACUUGCAUCUUGACACAUACGGCGUUGUAUCAUGGGAAGACGCUGUGGAACUCUUUUAGGAAUAUCGAUCCCGAGGAGGAGGAUAUUCACGCCAAGCUCAUGAAGGCGUACCCAGAGGUUCCGACCCUGUGGUACUGGGGUGUCGUCGUCGUAUUCUUUGUUGUAGCCUGUGCGGCGGUCCAAGCAUGGCCAACAAAGGUACCGGUGUAUUCGCUCUUCCUCGCGCUCGCCCUUCCUGCAGUUUAUAUGCUGCCAGCAGGCUUAAUUUUUGCCGUUACGGGACAAGCGGUAUGUCUGAUUCUCAACGUGAACAAACAGCUGAUGAUAUGGCGCAUAGUUAUCUUUGAAUGUCCUCGCCCAAAUUAUCCUGGCUCCCUUUUACCAGGAAAUCCAAUAGCGAACAUGGUAUUUAAAUGCUACGCGAUUGAGACCCUCUACUCGGCGCAACUGUUCACCCAGGAUCUCAAACUGGGUCAUUACAUCAAAGUUCCGCCGCGAACCACGUUCCUAGUUCAGCUCAUUGCAUCCUUCAUCUCUGUCAUCACUCAAGUCGGGGUCAAAAACUGGAUCUUCAGCGUAGUACCGGACAUGUGUUCUCCAACGCAGAAGGACAGCCUGACGUGUCCUCGCAACCUCGUCUAUUUCAACGCAUCUGCGAUAUGGGGACUCGUGGGACCAUCGCAACUAUUCGGGCCUGGUGCACCAUACAAUGUCUUUUUGUGGGCAUUACUUGCAGGGGCAAUUGCGCCAUUCCCACUGUGGUAUUACCAGCGACGGGUACCGAAUACAAGACUCAAGUAUAUCAACCUGCCUGUGAUGCUCAACGGACCAUCCGCGGCGCCUCCUGCGAUGGGUAUUAACUAUAUUUCGUUCUUUGUGGUGGGCUUCGUCUUCCCAAUAGAUGGUGCGGCGAUACCCAGAGCACUGAAGCAAGCCCCAAUCGAAGGUUUUGCACCAUCGAUAGCGCAGUUGCGAGCGGCGGGGGGACGCUAG